AUGCUAUAUUGCAACUUUAUUAUGGCACACGUCCAGAAACAUCUGGGCCUCUUGUCACUGUUGAUACCUCUCAUCAGUAUCACGGCAGGAGCCCUGAAGUGGAACAGCACUGUCAUCUUCGCUCUCAACACCCUCGCUCUGAUUCCACUUGGGUCAUGGAUUAACCGAUCAGUCGAUGCGCUGACUGUAGGUGGUAGGCGAGCCGUCAAUGAAGUCCUGAAAUCAACAUUGGGAAACUCGGUAGAAUUAAUGAUCGGAAUCAAUGCGAUCGCGCAAAAGCGACCACACAUCUCCCAGUCUGUGAUACUUGGAAGUGUCAUAAGCAAUUUACUACUGGUUCUUGGCAGCACCAUUUUCGUCUCAGGCUAUGACCAGAAACGACUCCGAUUUGAUCGUACCCUCACAACAGUCCUCUCAUCCCUCAUGAUGGUUGUCUUCAUCUUACUCGCCCUCCCAACUGUAAUGGACGUCUUUCCAUCCGCCAAGGCCACCCCGGAAGACCAGAUCCUCUUCACGCAACGCAUAACAUCCAUAAUCCUUGUGAUUCUGCUCCUCACAUUUCUCAUCUUCCGUCUCGGCACCCAUGCAGCCAUGUUCGCCAGCACCCCAUUCAGCCAGCGAGACCAGACCCAUCAGUUUCGCCAGAGCCAGAUAGUCGAGGCCCGGAUCCCACAACCGUAUAUUGGCAAGACUCCAGCAGCUACAAUUCUAGUAGCUGCGUCUGCAUCUGCGCUUGCAUGCACCUAUUAUAUUGUCAGCAGUUUGAGCGGAGUUGCUUCGAUCACGGGUAUGAACCAGUCUUUCCUUGCUGUGACACUUGUUCCUUUGUUUGGAAACUCGGCCAAGUACCGCUCCAUUGUGCUGGGUUCCCGGUCUUACAAUCAAAUUGAGCUUGGGAUCAGAGCUGUCAUCAACAAUGUGCUACGAGUUACGAUGCUUAUUGCUCCACUUCUCGUUCUCGUUGGCUGGGCUUUUGAUCAGCCGCUUGUUCUCAGGCUUGAUGGGUUUGAGGCUACGACUCUUUUGCUUAGUGUUGUGGUCAUGACAUAUCUCAUUUCUGAUGGGCGGAGUAAUUAUUUCGAGGGGUUGAUGCUGAUUGGAACAUACAUGAUCAUUACGUUCUCGUUCUUUGUUCGGCCUGAGGUGCCAUUGAAUGUGAUAUUCCUAGGUGCCUAG